UGACAUUGCAAAUCAUCAGCUGAUGUGCCUGUCUGAUUUGGAAAUACAAGCACCAGGAGACAUAGUAUCAAAAAUGGCCAGAGUGAAUGUUCCCCACAAAAUACAAAGAGAAAAUCAUAGUGAUAUGCACAGGGUGGGGAAAUGGCACCCAGAUUUUCCAGUGAAGAAAAGGAGAAAGUUUUAACCUGGAGACAAGAGCUGUUGAAACUCAUGGAUCGUCACAAGAAAGAACGUGCAGGAGAGAAACCUUUUAAAUGCCAGGAAUGUGGGAAAAGCUUCAGAGUUAGCUCUGACCUUAUUAAGCACCAAAGAAUUCACACUGAAGAGAAACCGUAUAAAUGUCCACAGUGUGAUAAGAGGUUCAGAUGGAGUUCAGAUCUUAAUAAGCACUUAACGACACACCAAGGAAUAAAACCAUAUAAAUGCUCAUGGUGUGGGAAAAGCUUUGGUCAAACAUCAAAUCUCCACACACACCAAAGAACUCACACUGGUGAGAAACCCUUUACGUGUCAUGAAUGUGGAAAAAAAUUCAGUCAGAACUCCCACCUUAUUAAACACCGGAGAACCCAUUUUAGUAUAUGCAAAAGAAACUUCAGCAGGCGGUCAAACCUUAAACACCAGAUACUCAGUCUGUGAAGGAAGCUUGUCCAGUGCCCUCAGUCUGAACAAAUUCACCAACUGGAACUUGACCCUAAAGUUUAUGAAAAAAUACAAAAUUACUAAGCAUGAAGAAUUUUUUAUCAGUGGAAAAUUUGGUAAUAUAAGCAUCAUGUUUCACAGAAAGGAAUCAAGGUUGACUCUGUAGGGGAUGCAUUAAAGUUGUACUAAGUCACUUACAACCUUCAGGGAAUUCCUUUGCAAGAGAGGUGUUCUAAGAACAUUCUGAAUAAUGGAAAAAGCUGUUUUGGGAUUGUACCUGGCAAAAUAGCAAAUUCAGCUUCAAAUAACAGAGGCAGCCAUGAAUCUGAUAAUCAGUCUUCAGUGAUCACAGAGGUAAAUAGUGUUGGUUUUUCAUCAAUCUGCCCAGCUACCCUUAAACACAUAAUGAUAGAAACAUUUGUAGCAUGGUCUUUCAUAACAAAAGCAAUAAUAUACUUGUUUUAUUGCAUUCCAUUGUCCUCAAAGUAGUUAGCUUACCAAUUUCACUAGUCUCAUGGGGCAGAAAUGAAUUCUAAUGUAAAAUUUUCCAAGAACCAAAUUGGAAUUUCUUUGUCUUGUUCUUGGAUAUCAUAUGAGUUCCUUCUUAAACUUUUUAGCCACUUUACCUCUUUACUCAUGUUAGCACAAAUUUUUACUGUGAUGAAAUCAUAUUUACUUCACCACUAGGGAAUCUGCUAGAUAACUAAUGAUGCACUAUUUUAUGUCUCUCGUUGGCGGUGUUUGAGAAAAAUGAAAACAUUUGUAAUGAGAUCAUAUGGAAACGGGUUGGAAUUUUUAGCCAUGAAAUAUGCAUUAGAUUAGAUAUAAAGAAUUUUCUGCAAAAACAGUUUCCUUUCUUUUCUUCACUUACAAUGUUAAUAGGAUAAAACAGCCAUAAAGAUUUUCCUGAAGCAUAAAAGAAAAUUAAUGGGCAUUCAGGAUUAAUUUCUCAGGUUUUUGUUUGGUUAUUCAUUUAGCUUUUGUUUGUUACUAAGAACAUAGAGGUAUGUUCAGAAAUUGGGGCGUAUGCUGCAAGCAGGAUGCUAUGGUUUACUGGGCAUGGUCACCUGGGAAUUCAGUGAGCAGGAGACUAUGUUUCUAAAAAGGAAGGUUUGAGAAUCGAUGCUGAGUGGUUGGCAAGGCUGGACGAAUCCAUAUCCAUGUUGGUUGUUUUACACUGUAAACUGUUAAGCAGGCAGGGUCUACUGGUGUCUGUUUUCUCCAGCACAGCAUGUAGCAAUAGCCUUAAGUGAUAAGUGUGAUAGACUGCUGAAAAAUCUCUCUAGGCUGUGGAAUUUUUAAUAACUCACCGCCUUUAUCUACAACAGUGACUCAGAUGUGUGUCUGUUAGAGCUUUUAGGUAGUAUCAGCGAAGGGGUUAAAUUACCUCUUCCAAAUCUCUUAUUUUAUAAAUGAAGUUAAGGCUCAAAGAGAUACAGGGACUUGUUCAAGAUACCAUAGCCAGUGGGUCUGUUGUCUGUCGCUUAGAUUCAUUACACAGGUCUGAAAGCAGGGUUAGCAGGACUGAUUUAUAUGAUAUCUCUGCAGAGCCAGCCUGGAUGACCUUGUAUCUAUUUUUAGCUUAUAAAACAUUCCUGUUUCUUGAUUAGUGACUGAAAUACUCUUAAGUUUCCACAUUUUCUCUUUGUAAUAGAGAAAAUACCUCAGGGUUGAUCUGGAGGUUACAGGAAUUCAUAAAAGCGCCUGCCAACCUGGCCGUCAAUAGAUGCUCAAGGAAUGUGCCCUUCUUUCCCUUUUCCCUGCUCCCCAGAUAUGUUGGGAGGGUUGGUUACAUUAAAGAAGCGGAUGACUUUGUGGCUCUUGUUGCUCCUUUGAGGAGCCAAGCACUGGUGGUGGUGUUAUGCUGACUUGAUUCGGUCUAUGGGUUCAGUGCUUUUGGUGUAAAUCAUCUGAGCUUUGGUCUCGUAUACUCAGUGGGAUUUUAUUUUCUUCCCCGAGAUGAACUACACCAAAUAUUAUUUCUUAAUCAAGGCCAGCUCUGAAUCGCUAAUCUGCAUGGCUGUUACCCAACACCCUCAGACUUAGACCGCUGGCACUAUGUCUCUUCUCCCAAGAUACAUGUGGAUUUCUUGCUGGUACUGCAUUCAUUCAUUUAGUUUAAUGAGGGCCUAUUAUGUGCCCAGGCACUGUUCUAGACUGAGGAUAUAGUAGUGAACAAAAGAAAAAAAUGCAUACCCUCAUGGAGCUUGUAUUCUAGUGAACAGUACAAAGGAGAAUAGUUAUGCCUUUCUACUCGCAGUUAGUGUUAUGAGAUCGUUUUGGUCAGUAAGUUGUGCUCAGAAGCCUCACUUCUGGGCUGAAGCAUUUAUUUGUUGGUGCACGACUCUGUAGUGCUCUCUUUUUGUACCUCAAUCAUGGAAGCACAGACAGAGAGGAGCCACAAGAUCAAACCUGUCUGGAAUGCUGAGUCCCUCACAUUGCAGGAGAGCUGUUCUGGUGAGUCCCAGACCUUUAAUGGACUUCGUGGGAACAAG